AUGCCACUCGAGAAAAGAACCACAUUUACUCCAUGUAGCAGUGGCAGUGACAAGAAUCCUCUCAAAGUAACAAUUUCACCCGAUCCACCAGCUCCUAAUCAACAAAUUACUUUUUUUGUUUCUCAACUUAUGUCCGUAAAUGUUUUAGAUGGAAUUGUUCAUGUUGAGUUAUUUAAAGGUGACUAUGACCAAUCGAAGACAUGUAGUUUUUCUGCAGUCAAAGCUGGUGAAACAUUUUCC